AUGGGUGGCCAUCAUAGCAGCGCCAAUCAGAAAUGCAGCGAGACCAACAUGCCUAUGUGGGUCGUGAAGAUCUCCGACUUCCUCUCCUUUUCUGACUGGCCAAGCCAUGAAGAGCUAAAGACGCAAGGGAGAUUGUGGAAACGCCAGACGGAGUUUUGUUGCAUCUUCGUGUCCCACCAGUGGCUGGGAGACUCACAUCCAGAUCCGCAAAAUGAGCAGCUGCCAGUGUUGCAGAAGGCUCUACGAAAUAUCCUGAAGGGCCUUCAUGUCUCCACCGACGUCGCCUCCCAGUUCUUUGGGGAUCGGAAAGUCCUAAGCAACGCGGAACGCUUGCAGCUGAAGGACAGCUACAUUUGGCUUGACUGGUUCAGUGUCCCACAAAUCAUGGAAGAAGUCCCACUGGAUGAUUUGGACGGGGACUUUGGCACAGACUCUUGCUCAUGGAGCGCCAUUGUAAGACAGGGCUUUUUCAGAGAGGUGAUGCAGUUUAGGAGCUGCACCCUUUGCCAAGGUUGGGACAACGUUUACCCGCAUGUCAUCCAUGACGACGCAGGAUAA